AUGUACAUGGCAGAGCCAACGAGUGCUCCUAGUCCGAGUACGGGUGCUGUCAACUAUUUCUCCAUCAACCAUUUGCUCCGAGAAUCACCAUUUCCAUCUCCGCAAUCAGGCAUUACUGACCCCAAAAAUAGUUCACGAACAGAUGGAGAAAGUCCCGGAACAUCCAGUAAAGGAAUUCCUGAAAGGGAACUAGAAACAGUGGUAGCAGCCUCCAGGUCUAAGUCGAAUCUGGUGGUAUCUGAUGGUGAUCGUUUACUUACCACUCUGCAAACUAGUGGUACUUGCGUACAGCCUCAUUUUUCACUAUCCUUGAAUCCCACUACCGCAGCGAUUGAUUUAUUGAAGCAAUCAGAUUCCUUUGUGGAUCGAAAAUCUGAUAGUGAUCCAGUAUGUCGUGAAACAACAAUACCGCUGUGGUUGAACUGUGCGGCUGCAACUGCUGCCGUUCUUCCCUUUGAACAAAGUUUCUUAAUGGCUCAAAGAUCCGCGGCAGUAUUCCCUCACUUAUGGGCAGCUUCAGCUAGUGCUGAUGCUUUACAGUUGGUGUCAGCCAGUAAAUCAUAUCGGCGUAGGAAAGCACGUACCGUAUUUUCGGAUCAGCAGCUACAAGGUCUCGAGAAGAGGUUUGAAACACAGCGUUACCUGUCAACACCAGAACGUAUUGAACUUGCUACUGUUUUGAAUUUGAGUGAAACACAGGUGAAGACAUGGUUCCAAAAUCGGCGUAUGAAACAUAAAAAGAUCGUCCGAAAGCAAGGUGACAACUACAUUAACAAUGGAGACAACACCACGAAAACGGAUAAUACGGAUUCGAAUGAACGAUAAUUUGGAUUAUUUAAACCAACAAAUUUUGAACUUCGAAAUGAUUCUUGUACCAAUCAAAUCUAUAUGAUGAGAAAUGAACAUAAUUCCCUG